AGCUGGGAAGAAAAGAUGUUUGGCUUUCACAAACCGAAGAUGUACCGGAGUAUAGAGGGCUGCUGUAUUUGCAGAGCUAAGUCUUCCAGUUCUCGUUUCACUGACAGCAAACGUUAUGAAAAGGAUUUCCAGAAUUGUUUUGGGCUCCAUGAGGCUCGCUCAGGAGAUAUUUGCAAUGCCUGUGUUCUUUUGGUGAAAAGAUGGAAAAAAUUACCAGCAGGAUCAAAAAAAAACUGGAAUCACGUGGUAGAUGCCAGGGCUGGACCCAGCCUUAAAACAACAUUGAAACCAAAGAAAAUGAAAACUCUGUCUGGAAGCAGAAUAAAGAGCAAUCAAAUCAGCAAACUGCAAAAGGAAUUCAAGCGGCACAAUUCUGAUGCCCACAGCACGACUUCGAGUGCCUCCCCAGCUCAGUCACCCUGUUACAGUAAUCAGUCAGACGAGGGCUCUGACACAGAGCUGAGUGCUGGGGCCAGCAGAACACCCGUGUUCUCCUUCCUAGAUCUCACUUACUGGAAAAGGCAAAAGGUCUGCUGUGGAAUUAUUUACAAAGGGCGUUUUGGAGAAGUCCUCAUAGACACUCAUCUCUUCAAACCUUGUUGUAGCAAUAAAAAGUCUGCCACUGAAAAGCCAGAACAAGAAGGACCCCAGUCUCCAGCAAUCUCCACCCAAGAGGAGUGGUGACUUCCCUGGGUAGCUGCAGAAGGUUAUACAGAUCCUCUUAUUCUCUGGAAAAAAAUACUAGAAAAGUGACUGUUCACUUUGGACACCUGCUAUGCUGCCAAAAGACUAUUCCCUAGAACUGUUUUGGGUUUUACUGCUACAAUUCCACAAACUCAGAAGCCAGUUUGUAUCCUUUCAGAAAGACUGUACAUAAUAUUUAAGAUGCUAUGGAACACUUGGCAAAGCUGAAUGCUGCU